AGCCAUUUGGCUCCAGCGUGCCCCCCAUGGCCCAGGCCCCCCAUGCGGCCCCCGUGCUGCCCGCGAGGCUCCCUCCCGGCGGGGCGCUGCACGGCGCGCCCGAUCGGGCCGCGCGGCUGCUGCGCAGCGGCCACCGCCCGGCCGGGCGAGGGUAGGGCGCCCACGGCCACGCGGCGGCUGCGCGGGCGCCUCUCGGAGGCCCUCUGCUGGCUGGGCUGCGGCCUGCUCGGGCUCUGCGCGGACGGCCUGUGGCGCAUCGCUGACCCGGUGGCGAGGAGGGUGCGGACGCGCCGCCGGCCGCUCAGGAUCGUCCUGGUGCGGAACGGGGAGAGCCUGGGCAACGUGUGCGACACGACAUACGAGACCAUCCCGGACUCGAGCGUGCCGCUCACCACCAGGGGCUUCGAGCAGGGGGUGGCCGCUGGCUGGGCGAUCCAGGACCUCAUCGGCGACGAGACGGUGCGCUUCUUCCACUCCCCGUACAUGCGGACGCGGCAGACGACGAUGGCGAUCCUGGAGGCCUUCCGGGGCAGGAGCGUCGAGCUCACCACCGAGCCGAUGCUGCGGGAGCAGGACUUCGGGAACUUCCAGGACCCCGAGACCAGGCAGCAGUCCUUGGAGGACCGGCGGCGCUACGGCCGCUUCUACUACCGCUUCCAGAACGGCGAGGCCGGCACCGACGUCUACGACCGAGUCGCGGAGUUUUGGUCGACCCUGCACCGUGUCAUGAGCAGGCCUGACUGCGCGCAGAACCUUGUGGUGGUGACGCACGGCCUGCUGAUGCGGAUCUUCUGCAUGUGCUACUUCCGCUGGACGGUGCUCGAGUUCGAGCGGGUGUGGAACCCGUCGAACUGCGAGGUGUGGAUCCUCGAGAGGACCUCGGCCGGCCGCUACCGCCUGGCCGGGCGCCUCGGCAGCGGCGGCGCGCUGCUGCCCAUCAGGUUCGGUGCGGACCAGUCGGAGUCCGAGCCCCUCUGGGAGCACAUGCGGGAGCCCCUCGCCUCCCGGUCCGUGGCCCCGGGGACGGGCCAGGAGCUGGAGGACGAGAGGCUGCGGCACCUGCGCGCGGCCAGGGACGCCUCGCCCGGCGUGCUGCACACCGUCAUCGAGGAGGGCGCGCGCGCCUCGCGGGCGGCGGGGCGGGCGCCGCCGGGGCCCGCGCCCGAGCCCGGCGGCGGAGCCGCCUCGGCGAGGGCGGGCGGCUCGGGCUGAGGGGCAGGGCCCCCCUCGUCGUCCCCCGCCUGCUCCUGCUGCUCCGUCCUUUGGACUCAUCCCCUCUCCCCUCCCCUUCCCUUCCCCGCCCUCCCCUCGAGCACGUAAUUUACGACAUGCGCUCUACGCGCAUUCGAUCAGCCUCACGGCUUAUUCCGUUGACUGUAUGGUCAUUCACGGUCACGGCUUGGAAAUCUAGGCUGUCAUUGUACGCCACAGCUUUAGAUGUUUACAUUCGUGUGCCGCUUCUCUGCCUCUUCUCCAUCGGCACAUGUUAUGGCUUGCGUUCGUGGAGUAAUCGAGGCACACAUCCUAGUAUGAUUCAUGCGUGUUUCACUCUGACGCUGGGUCGACUGGCGGAUGGUUACGCCCUCUCCUGCUCACCUCCUGAGAAAGAAAAAUCCGG